UCAGUUUUGCAUAGUAAAUGUCGAGUUACAGUGUUUGAUGUUGGCAUAAGCCAUAGUCCUUCAGUUUGCAUAGUCAAUAUCUUCUAAGCUGAAUCUUUUUAUGUGAUGCUAUUCUUAUUUAGGCUUCACAACUAUGAUAUGUGUAAAUAUCUGUUGUAGUUAAUUUUAUAUAUUUUGCCAUUCUUUUAGUGUUACAAGGACAACCUUGGAUUUCCAUUCCUCCAAGACCUCCACAAUUAAGUUAGUUUUCUCUUGAAAAGUUCUGUUAACUACAAAUGAUCACCUCUUCAAGAAAGAAAAAACUACCAAUGAGCAGCAGAAACCAAUGGCAUUAUCUGCAUUACAGUUAGUAAAUGGUGAACAUUGACCUUUUUGUGAAGAAGCAAUACUUUUGAGUCAUAUGUGUUGUCUCAUUAUCAAUUAAAGGGCACCUGGAGUUAGCAAAACUCAUUUCAGCCUAUUCUCGUUCUCCUACAAUGUUCUUGAGUACAUUAUAGGCAUAUUGCAAGAUCAAUUCUUGUCAUGUCAUGAUGUUAUUGGGCGUCUCCUACCAGCUGAGCUUUGUUCUUUAGCACUCAUCUCUGAUAUUAAUGCUUCCACUUCAAUUAUUUGUCAAUGUCUAUAGUAAACAUGGGUACCUUGUGUUACAGAUGAGAUUAAAAAAGCAAAAGCGUCAUCGCAGAAGUGUGAGAUUCUAUACAACAUGCUUUGGUUUCAGAUCGCCCUUCAAGGUCUUAUGUGAUGGAACGUUUAUACACCAUCUUCUAGUUAAUCGCAUCACUCCAGCUGAUACGGCCCUCUCAAAUAUUUUAGGUGCUCCAGUCAAAAUGUUCACAACCAGAUGUGUUCUUGCAGAGUUGAAAAGCCUUGGUGAAGCCUACUCUGAUUCUCUUAAUGUGGCUCGUGAUCUUAUGCCUGCGAGAUGUGAUCAUGAAAAGAGGAAGAGCGCUGUGGCUUGUCUAGCAGAAGUUAUUGGGGAAGACAAUUCAGAGCAUUUCUUUGUUGCUAGUCAAGAUGCUGACCUGCGCAAGAAGUUUCAAGAGAUACCAGCUGUUCCUGUAAUAUUUGCACUGCGAAAUGCUCUAUUCCUUGAACCUCCAUCCCAGUCUCAGCAACAGUUUGCCAAAGUUGCAGAAGACCAGCGCUCUCAUAUGAAUGAGUUAGAGUUUAAGAUGCUCCUUAAUAAGAAAAACAGAAGUUCAGCAACGGAGGAACCAGGGGAGUCCUCUGUUGCAGAUGAAGUUUUGCCAGAUAAUAUCAUAGAAGAUUUGAAGAAAAAUGCUGCUAAAAGGAAAACAGAUGUAAAGGAUAAAGUGCAAUUCAAGAGAAAGAGAGCUAAGGGUCCAAAUCCGCUCUCCUGUAAGAAGAAAAAAACUGAGAACCAAAAUCAUGUUGCCAAAAAGGAAGGUAAUGAGAGUGUUGAAACAAUAAGGAGCAGGAGCAGGCAAAGGAAGAGAUCACGUAAGCAGAAAAAUUCCGCCAACGCAACCGAGUAAACCACGUCCUGCACAUCUGGUGAAUCUCAAUUUUUCAUCAUGGAUAUGAUAGUGUUGUAUAUUAAUGCAUACAGUCAUACCGAACGAAGCUGUCUUAUGCCAAAAUAUUUCAUAAACACAUGAUGAAAGAUAGAUUCUUGAUGUAUGCAGAGGAUGUAGGCGUGCUGACUCUUGAAGAUAUUCACAAUUUGACGAGUAUUUUUCGCAUGGAUGGGAUGAAUUUGGAAAGAACUACAUAUUAACAGGAGUCUGUAGAGCUUAAGCUCAAUUUUGUGGUAGUUAUCAUCUCUUGUAUUUUGUUUCUUUUAGAUGGUUUUUGCUUUUGGGAAUCCACUACAUCAGGUGUUAUCGAAGUGGUUAUAGUUUCAUUGUUCCUCUGCUUUAUUUAUCUCAUCUUGUUGCAAUGGAAACAUCUGGACCGCCUAUGGCUAUCAUCAAGCUUGCCAUUUUGUUA